UCUAAGACUUACUAAGGAGGAAAACUAAAGGAAAAAAAAAAAUAGAAGCCUUUUUCCGAUGAUGUUCAUAUAGAGUCUCCACUGCUUCUUCCUCUUUCUCCUCCUCUUCGUUUACCCCAUUCAUCGUUUAUGGCUUCAAAACAGCCCUAAAAUACAUCUAACCCUAGUUUUUUUUUUUUUAACUUUUCUCUCCUUCUAAACGUGCAUAAUGAUGAAACUUUGAAGUAUUUGGGAGUUCAAGGCGAUUAGAAGUGGGAUUUUCUUAGAUCUGAUUUUUCUUUUCGGUUAAAUGUCUUGGUGUUGCAUUCGGAAUCAUUAUUGCGGGGCAUCUGGUCCACUUGAUGGAUGAUGACCAUUCCAAUGGAUAGUAAUUUAGAUCAUUCAUCUCGGGAGCGAGUUCAGCGUCUCUACAACAAGAAUGUUGAGUUGGAGAAUAAACGGAGAAAAGCAGCACAAGCUAGAGUUCCUUCUGAUCCAAGUGCAUGGCAACAAAUGCGAGAAAACUACGAAACUAUCAUCCUUGAGGAUCAUGUUUUCUCAGAACAACAUGAAAUAGAGUAUGCCUUGUGGCAGUUGCAUUACAGGAGAAUUGAGGAAUUGCGGGCACACUUCAAUGCUGCUGCAAAUUCUAGUGUGUCAACCAAUGGGAAGGCUCCCCCUAGUAGUGGGCCAGUUCGCAUCACAAAGAUCCGAACACAGUUUAAAACUUUUCUUUCAGAAGCGACAGGUUUUUACCACGAUUUGAUGCUAAAAAUUAGGGCCAAGUAUGGUCUGCCACUGGGAUAUAACUCUGAUGAACCAGAGAAUCAGAUUCCUUCCUCUAAAGAUGGUAACAAGUCUGUGGAGUUGAAGAAAGGAUUGAUAUCCUGCCAUCGUUGUUUGAUAUAUCUUGGUGAUCUUGCUCGGUACAAAGGCUUAUAUGGUGAGGGUGAUUCUAAAGCUCGUGAUUUUGCGGCUGCUGCGAGUUAUUACCUGCAAGCUUCUUCACUUUGGCCUUCAAGUGGUAAUACUCAUCAUCAGCUUGCAAUACUGGCUUCCUAUUCCAAUGAUGAGAUGGUGGCUAUUUAUCGCUAUUUUCGCAGUCUUGCAGUAGAAAGCCCUUUUGCCACUGCAAGGGAUAACUUGAUCAUUGCAUUUGAGAAGAACCGUCAGUGUUACACCCAGAUGCUGGGAGAUACUAAAGCUUCCUCCACCAAGGAAGGACCUCCUCGCACGACUGGAAAAGGAAGAGGCAAAGGAGAAACAAGGCAACCGAUGAAAGAUGAUAAGGUUGAAGCAAUCUCAGUCCAGGAAAAAACUUCUAGUAUGUCAGACAUCUUCAAAACCUUCACCACGAGAUAUGUUCGAUUGAAUGGCAUUCUUUUUACUCGCACUAGCUUGGAGACUUUUGGAGAAGUGCAGUUGGUGGUUAAGAAUGAUCUGCUUGAGCUUCUCUCUUCUGGGCCUGAUGAGAAGUAUAAUUUUGGUUCUGACGCUGCCGACUGUAGACUGGCUAUUGUGAGGCUGGUGGCUAUCCUGAUAUUCUCUGUUCAUAAUGUGAAGAGGGAAAGUGAAAAUCAGUCAUAUGCUGAGAUAUUACAGAGAUCUGUUCUUCUACAGAAUUCGUUUACUGCUGUUUUUGAGUUCAUGGGUCAUGUGGUUGAGAGAUGUGUCCAAUUAAAUGAUGCCACAACAAGCUUCCUUUUGCCUGGUGUUCUGGUGUUUGUGGAGUGGUUGGCGUGCCAUCAAGAUGUUGCACUAGGCAAUGAACCAGAAGAGAAACAAACGACAGCUAGAUCAUUUUUCUGGAAGAACUGUAUUGCUUUAUUUAAUAAGCUGUUGUCCAGCGGGUUCAAGUUUAUUGAGAACGACAAGGAUGAAACGUACUUUUUCAAUAUGAGCAGGUAUGAUGAAGGAGAAAGUGGUAAUCGUCUUGCAUUGCCUGAGGAUUUCGAACUGAGAGGAUUUCUACCUCUUCUUCCGGCACAACUUAUCCUUGAUUUUUCAAGGAAGCAUUCUUUUGGUGGUGAUAGUGGCAUCAAAGAGAAGAAAUCACGUCUCCAGAGGAUAAUAGCAGCAGGAAAGGCUCUCGCUAGUGUGGUCCAUGUUGGAGAAGAGGGAGUAUAUUUUGACAGUAAGGCAAAGAAAUUCAUCAUUGGCAUUGAGCCCCAAGUAUCUGAUGAUUAUGUACUUGGUUGCACCAUGGAAGUUCCCAAAUUAAGUGGUAUUGAGCUGGAGAAUCCAGCUGCAGGGCAGUUAACUGUAGGAACUCUGCAGCCAAAGCAACAAUUGUAUGUGGAGUGUGAGGAAGAAGAUGAGGUAAUUGUCUUUAAGCCAUCUGUGGCAGAAAAGCAUGUGAAUGGAAGAGCUUCAAACAUGAUGACCUCGGAAGUUCCUGUUUCUUGUGUUGGUGAUGCCAAGGUUCCUACUGGCAUUAGCAUAGCCUCUGCUGGUCUAGGAAAUGAAAUGGGCCCAUUUUCAGCUGCACUUGAUGGAUUGAUCAUGCCGUGUGCUUUACAUGCAAGUGUAAGGCCACCCUCUUCUAUUGCCAAUAACAGUGGCCAAUACAUGCAGCCUAUUCAGCCAAGUACUUCAAUGUGGUCUGUUGAACAGGGUGCUGUUAUGAAUGGAUUGACUAGCUUGAACUUGAUAGGAAAUGGUCUGACUAUAAAAUCUGAGCUGCAAGAUCAUUCAGGAGUAUUUCCACCUGCACCAUAUUCGAGCCCUUUUCCAGAGUCUGUCAAUUUUAGCAUAGCAAAUAAUAUUCCCGCACAGGUUCCAGAUGCUGCUAUGCCAUCUAACUUCAGUUCACUUUUAUCCUCAGUAGCUGGUAUUGACAGCAUGUCAACUAAGUCUCCAUCAGUCAUGUCAACAGGCAUAAAGAAAAAUCCAGUUAGCAGACCUGUUAGGCAUCUGGGUCCACCUCCAGGCUUUGGUUCCGUUCCUUCCAAAGUCGUUGAUGAGUCUUCAUCAGCAAUGACUGUAAAGAAUGAACGUACUCUUCCUCCUAUGGAUGACUAUAGCUGGCUGGAUGGAUAUCAGUUGUCUUCAUCACAUCAGAGCAUUGGUUUCAAUAACUCCAUUAAUCAUUCAACACAAAACUACCUCUCCAUGAGCAAGAGCAGUAGCUCAGUUGGGAUGGUAAGCUUUCCUUUCCCUGGGAAACAGGUAAACUCUCUGCAUGUACAAUCAGGGAACCAGAAAGGUCGGGAGGACUACCAGAUAUCUGAACAGUUAAAUCUGUACCAGGAGCAACCUCAGCAACUCAAGAGCGUAAAUCAACAGUCUGUUGCACUGCCUCAGCAGCAUCAAGGACAGUCUUUGUGGGAAUGCCAUUUCUUUGUGUGAUAUUGAUAUGAUAGAUUAGAUGUUUUUCCAGGUUGUUAACAGUUACUGUGGUGAUGUCCAGCGGCCUGUUGCUAUGACGUUCAACCAUCAUAUUUGCAGUAUGGCCAAGGUUAUUAAGUUUUUCUUGCAGCAUGGAUGGUCUUGGAUUGUUGCAGGCACUUGCUGUCGAGCAGUUUGUGCCUAGCUCUCCAGACUCGAUGAGUUAGACUGAGGUCAGUAGGUGCAGCGAUUGGAAGCUUUGGAAGUAAGAACUUUGCAUGGUUGGAUGGUUUGCAUGGUUGGUAUAUCAGAUUUUGAUGGAUUGCUGGUUGCAGUCAAUGAAGGAGAAGCUAGUCAAUCUAUCUGAUAGUAGGAUCUCUCUUACGAAGUUCUGCUACAUGCCAUGAUGAGCAGUGUCCAACUAUUAAAUGUGUAAGUAGAUAUCUUGGCAGUUAACAUAUCCGCCUGAAAGUUCUGCAAUGGGAUUUUGCGAAAGAUCAUACAGAAGGAUUAGUGAUGAGGGGAGUAACUAUGGAUGUUUGAUGGAAAUAAGUUUGCGAAUAUGUACACACACAUACAGUUAGCUCACACAUACAGUUAUCUCACUUUCUCUGGUUUGUUGCAUUGUCAGCUAGUGACAAUAUCCUGUCAUGUAUGUUAUUUGUAUUUUUGAUCCAGUUGGAUAAUUAGUGUCUGGUCACCUGUAUCUUGGCACGCCAGUUCCCCAGGCAGGGAAUGCCCAAACCAUUUUAUUUUGAUAGAACGCCUUUCAACUUUGGUUUCA